AUGAAUAUUACAUGGCCAUGGUUCUUCUGCAAUUGUAACGCAUUGCAGACCAAAAUACUGAAGAAGGCCAGCACACUGCUGGCAGAGGAAAAGGAACAGAAAAAGACUGACAGAGAGCAAACGCUCAGUGAGAGAGUUCCUCCUCUCAAACUGUCUGGACUGUCCGUACAGGACAUACAGAAUCUGUGCAAAGAACUCCAUCAAAAAAUUGAUGUGGUUGAUGAGGAACGGUAUGACAUUGAAUCUAAAGUUGUCAAAAAUGAAAAGGAGAUUGCAGAUUUAAGCCACAAAAUCUUUGAGCUGAAGGGUAAAAUGAAGAGACCUGCCCUGAAGAGAGUGAGGGUGUCUGCUGAUGCCAUGCUGGGGGCUCUGCUAGGUGCCAAACACAAGGAAUCCAUUGACUUUAAAGCUAACCUCAAGACAGUGAAGAAGGAGGAGGAAAAGAAAGAAGAGGUGACCGACUGGCGUAAAAAUGUGGAUGCUAUGUCUGGCAUAGAGGGCAGGAAGAAGCUGUUUGCAGGACCAACUGGUCAAUUAAUUAUUUAAAAUUUGUUAUUUCAAAAAUUAAAAUCCAAUGUGAAAGCUAUUUAAACAUACACAUAUUUAGCUGCUAUUUAAUUGUUGUUGUUUGUUUGUUUGUUUUAUUGCAUAAACAGCUGUAUGAAUGAAAAACAAUUGUAUGAGAAAUUCAAAAAGCUGUGCUAUUAACCACAUUUAUCAGUUAAAAUAUUGAAACAUUAUGUGCUUUAUGACACAUAUAUAACAU